UGUAUCAUAAAUGAUCAACAGAGCUUCCUUCAGAAGUUACAUCCCCUUGGGUCACUCUCAGAGAACAUUUGCCAGAAACAUCCCCAAUUUCAGGAAAUAUGGGCAAGUAAAGUUCGAUUUCAAGAAGAUUAUGGAUAAUAUUGGACUUAUUGAACAGAACUGUAGGAACAGAAAUGCGAUAGGGGCUAAUCCUAGAGUUGUCUCAAGAUACUACGAUCACUACAAGCAGAGAAGGUAUGAAAUAGACCAACUCAGACGGAGAAGGAACGAGCAUGCCAAAGCCAUCAAGAAUAUCCAAUCUAUUGCUGAUGACGAUGAGCGAUCAGAGAAAUUAAGGAAGUAUAAAAAUGUUGGAGUUAGCUUCAAAGAGGACCUUAAGAGAUACGAAGAUGACCUCAAGAUUAUUGAGUACAAUUUGAUGAAUGAGACACUCAAGUUGCCGAACAAGACACAUCCUGACAGCCCAAUAGGAGAUGAAGACAAAAAUGAGAUUAUUUUUGUGAAAGGGCAUAAACCACAGUUUGAUUUUGAACCCAAGAGUCAUCUUGAAAUUGGCAUGCAGCAUGACCUCUUUGAUUUUGAGAACGGGGGCAAACUCACGGGCUCAAAAUUUGUGUUUAUUAAAAACCAAGCCGCACUUUUAGAAAUGGCUCUUGUAAACUGGGCACUCUCUAAAGCUAUUAGCAGAGGAUUUAACCCGAUAAUCACUCCAGAUGUUACCAAAGUUGAUGUGUUGGAAGGAUGAGGAUUCCAACCAAGAGAUGAAGCAGGACAAACUUAUAUCAUACAAGAUGAUAACACAGAGCUAGCUUUAAUCGGAACUUCAGAGGCACCAUUAGCAGGAAUGCUUGCAAAUGAGAUUCUCUUCCAGAAAGAUUUCCCUCUAAAAUAUGCAGCUUAUAGCCAUUGCUUCAGGAAAGAAGCUGGUAGGGGAGCAGUAGCUAAAGGAAUGUACAGACUUCAUCAAUUCUCAAAGGUAGAACUUUUUGUCUACUGUGAGCCUCAUGAUUCAGACAAAAUCUUUGAUGAGAUGGUAAAUCUUCAAUGAGAAAUGCUUGAUGAGCUUGGUCUUCAUUAUAGAGGAUUAAAUAUGGCCUCAUAUGAGCUAGGCGCCUCUGCAUAUAAGAAGGUUGACCUUGAAUGAUGGUUCCCGUCUAAAAAUGAUUUUGGAGAAAUCACAUCAACUUCUAACUGAACAAGCUACCAAAGCAGGAGGUUUAAUAUCCAAUACUUAAAAGGACAAAAUGAAAAAGUUUUAGCUCAUACUCUUAAUGGAACUGCAGCAGCCACUCCGAGACUAAUAAUGGCGAUCAUUGAGAACUUUCAGACAGAAAAUGGUGGAUUUAUAAUUCCUGAAGCCUUGAAGCCAUUUUACUUAGGUCCUGAUUUAAAAGUGUAAUAUGUAAAAUCCCUAACUCAAAAUACUAAAACCUCCG